GAUAAGUGAAUCACUUAAGAUGAACAGACUUUUUGGAAGCAAGAACACAGCACCCAAGCCGUCACUUAAUGACGCCGUCAAAAACAUCGACGACCGUGUAGGUAGCUUGGAUGUCAAGUUGUCCAAACUCAACUCCGAAUUGUCCACCUACCAACAGAAAUUGUCUCGAAUGAGAGACGGCCCCGGAAAGUCAGCAUUGAAGCAAAAGGCGUUAAAGCUCUUGAGACAGAGAAAACAGAUUGAAGCACAGAAAGACCAGUUGGAAAACCAGUCGUGGAACAUGACUCAGGCCGCCAUGACCACUGAUAACUUGCAGAAUACCAUGAUUACGGUGGAUGCCAUGAAACAAGCCAAUAAACAGUUGAAGAAGACAUAUGGGAAGAUAGAUAUCGAUAAGAUUGAGUCAUUACAGGACGAAAUGCUCGACUUGAUAGACAAGAGCAACGAGUUACAGGAGUCGUUGUCGAUGACAAACGAUAUUCCUGACGAUAUAAGUGAGUCUGAGUUAGAUGCCGAGCUUGAUGCUUUGGGAGAAGAAAUGGAUUUCGAAAGUGAAAUGAAUGAAGGGUUGUCGAUGCCCAGUUAUCUCAACGAAGAGCCAGCCUCGAGUGACAAGCUUCCUACCUUCAUCGACGAGAGUGAAGAACCUGCAAAGGUUGCCAAUUGAUGCACCUGAAGGCUAUUAAUUAUGUAUGUACAAAUCUACUUCUUCUAUUUCUUUCUGAUAGCCAUGAAGUAAUUUCCAACGUUCUCGUUGUUUGUAAACUUCCAUCCGUAGCUGGGAAUAUAAAUACUGCCCCGGGAUGCCACCAACUCGUAUUCACUGUUCAGAGCAAUCCAAUUCUUGAUCUCCACAUGGUUGAUAUAUUUCGAUAACGUGUGGGUGCCAACGGGAACGAUCCCCAAAAUAUGUUCCCCCAUCAAAAUAGUGGUAAACCAGCUAACAAAGUCUCUGUUGAUAGUUGAUAAGAAAAGCCAUCCAUUAGGCUUUAAUUUGGACAUUGCUUCAGUCAACACUUUGGAUGGAUAGUCUACGUGCUCUAACAACUCAAAUAAUGUCACCACAUCAAAUUUUUCCUUCUUGGGAAUUUCCUCUAUCGACUGAAGCUUAUACUGAAGUUUGUGUUUCAACAUGGGAUCUUUGGCCUUGUGUAGGUUCGCAGCCACUAUAACCUCAUCAGAUAAGUCGAUACCUUUGACCGACUCCACAAACAGCAAUCUGGCCAUAGACUCGCUCAAGAUACCCCCACCACAGCCAAUGUCUAACACUUUCAUCUUCUUCAAGGCCAAAAUCUCUUCUCUCCUGGCACAUUGUUCUCGGACAAUAGUGUCUCUCACACCUUCAGGUAAUAAAUCUAUGUUGUAAGGAGGUAUGUACACCUCAUCGUCGGAAUUGGUUAUACCCUCAUUGAGCUUCAAGUGGUCUCGGAUAGUUUCCUGGAUGAAGUCCAUCCGAAUCAAAUUCAACUUAUGUAGUAUUCUCUGUGGGCCAUUGACAUCCCACCAGCUGGAAGCAAGGGCGUUGAAAUGCUUCAAUUCCUCGGCACUUGAGCCACUCGCACUGGGUGAAGAAGAGCUUCUAUGUAUACAUGAUGUGAAAAGACUUCUUACAGCUCUGUGCGAGGCUAAACAAACGAGUUGGCCGUUUCUUAUGCUGAUUGGUAUCACGCUGCUCAUAAU